GAACUGUGGUUCAUACAGAGGUUUCUACUGCUCAACAAAAAUCACCCUCUCUGCCUCUCCUCUUCUGUUUUAUCUGACAGCUCAUCUAUCACCCACUUGCAGCUGAUCUUGCACGAACACUGCGGCCACAUCAUGAGUCUACGAAAACUGGGUUUGAAGUGGUUCGGCAGUCUCACCAACAUCUCUUUUCGUCGCUCCACUGAAAAAUCUGACUCCAAGUCCAGUCCAUUGAAGUCUGGAGAAGGAGCAGGACAUGCACCUGGAGGUGGUGAUCCAUCAGUACUGGCUCCAGUUGCUGAGGCAACAGUGGAUGACCUGGGCGCCAUGCGUCCUCGCACUGCCAGCUACGUCCGCUCCAGUGAGAACUACACACACAUGGGUACACUGCCUCGACUACUGAUGAGGAAGAGGGACAAGAGUAAAGGAGGCUCCAGUAGCAGUAAGAAGAGUAAAGACAAAUAUAGCAUCAGCAGAAGUCAAAGUCAGAGACCUGCAGGAGACCAAGACCGUUGUCCUCCAAAGGUCUCUGUUGUUUCAUCCAGGGCGGCUAAAGAUGAAGCUGAAAUUAAAUAUAAUGCUGAGCUGGAACAAGACCCUCGAAGUGAUGCUAAAACAAAACAUGAGCCAACAGGUGAAAGCAGUGCCUUGAACACCCAUACGGCCUCUUCUAAUGCAGCAGUUGAAGGUGUGUCGCCAUCUGGUGGCUCUAAUAGUGACCUCCAACCAGAGACUUGGAAUAAACAAAGGAUCAAUCAGGGAAGUGAACACUUGAAUUCUGAAUCCACAACAGAAAAUACAUCUCCUCAACCCAUUCAAUCAAAUGUACAAACCUUGAGUGAUGGGGAUAUUGGGCUUGUGUCCGGUUCUGUUUCUGGUCCAAAGGAGGAAGCAGAGGACAAAGAGAAAAGACCCGAUGAAGAAAACCAUGGCUCUGAUGGCGUUAACAGCCACAUGGAUCCAGUAGAGAAUCAGGCUGAAUAUGUGCAGUUCUCCAAGGAGAAGUACCUGCUAGAGUCUCCCCCUGAGAAACUCAGAAAAGAGCUGGAAGAGGAGCUGAAACUGAGUCCUGCUGACAUCAGGAGCCAUGGCUGGUACCAUGGACACAUACCCAGAGAGGUAUCAGAGACUCUGGUUUUGCGGAAUGGAGAUUUCCUGGUGCGUGAUUCACUGACCAGUGUGGGUGACUACGUACUAACCUGUAGAUGGGACAAUGAGGUGCUUCACUUCAAGAUCAGCAAAGUUUUGGUCAAAUCCAGUGAGACAAAGGUGCAGUAUAUGUUGGAGUCUGACAGUUUUGACUCAGUUCAGGAGCUUGUGCGAUUUUACGUGGGACAGCGCAAACUGGUUUCCCAGUCUAGCGGCGUCCACAUUUACUGUCCGGUCAGCAGGACUCUCCCCCUGCGCUACCUGGAGGCAACCUUUGCCCUUUCCAAUAGUAAGCAAGGCUCACCCUACUCACCUUCCAGUCAGAGGGGAGCAUACAUCAAGAGACGGAGUGUCACCAUGACUGAUGGGCUGACAACUGAAAAGAUGAUACCUCACAGUGACAGCUCAGACAGCCCCAGUCCAGUUGAGACACCAGUGGCACCACCAGAACCAGAGCCGGAACCUGUGCCCCAGUGCAGCCCGUCGACCAUCCACCAUCAUAAAGACGCAAUGCGGAACUGUGCAAUGAGCAUGGACCAGAUUCAGGAGUAUCGUUGCCCCUUGUCACCUGUGGGAGAAACCCCGCUGUCUCCUGCAUAUAGUGCGAUAACCAGACAGAGAAGUCACUCAGGUGGGCGGAUGCUGGCUGUUGUCCCCCCCUCCCCUGUGAUGCGUCGCUCCAGUGACCCUCAGCUCAGCCCAUCGACCAGUAACAACCCACCAGAGCAUCCUGCACAUACCUCUCACUCGGCACACUCUUCACCUGCCCAUCAUCCCAACUACCAGUCACAUUCCUCAGAAUCAGCAGGGAGCUACUGUGACCUCAGACCAUGUCCUGCUGGGCCCCCCAAACCCCCAGCGAAGAGCUACGUGGAGCGAUUGCGAGUGGAAGAAGGGAGGAAGGAGGGAGCAAGAGAGGAAGUAGAGGGGAUAUUCAGCGCCCCACAGGUGGAGACAACUUCUUCUUUCAGGCCAUCCAGGUAUGAGUCUUGCCUUAUGCCAGCUGAGAAUAAACCACUGGAGAUGUCCGUGCUGAAGAGAGUUAAAGAGCUGCUGGCAGAGGUCGAUGCAAGGACUGCAGCUAAACACAUCACCAUGGUGGACUGCAAGGUUGCAAGAAUAUUGAACGUAACCUCAGAGAUGCAAAGGAUGAUGGGAGUGUCUUCAGGGUUGGAGUUACUAACACUGCCACAUGGACACCAGCUGAGACUUGACCUACUAGAGAGGUUCUACACAAUGUCUAUCAUGAUGGCUGUGGACCUGCUUGGCUGCACAGGAAGUACAGAGGAAAGGGCAGCACUGCUCCAUAAGACCAUCCAAUUAGCAGCCGAGUUAAAAAACAACAUGGGAAAUAUGUUUGGCUUUGCUGCUGUGAUGAGAGCCCUGGAGCUGCCACAGAUUUCCCGCCUGGAGCAGACGUGGGUGACAUUACGCCAGAGACAUACAGAGGGCGCUAUUCUGUAUGAGAAGAAACUCAAACCUUUUAUGAAGAAUAUGAAUGAUGGCAAAGAGUCCAGUAUCCUCUCCAGCACAUCCUUCCCUCACAUCAUUCCUGUAUUGUCAUUGUUGGAGCGGGGCAUGGCUCUUGGCGAGGGGCUGGAACCCUGGGAGAGUGCAGAGGUGGGAGUUGAUGUGGUCAUGUACCACUUAGAGUCUGCUCGUACCAUCGCACAUCAUGGAGAGAUCUACAGAACAAACUCUGAGACCAAACUGCAGGGAUUUCAGGAACGAGCAGAGAUACAUGAGAUCUUCCAGACAGAGUUCCAGAUGCGUUUGUUGUGGGGCAGUCGAGGCUCUGAGGGAAGCCAGUCAGAACGUUACGAGAAGUUCGACAAGGUCCUCACUGCCCUAUCACACAAGCUAGAACCUCCUGUCCGCCACAGCGAGCUAUAGCACCUGACCCAACACCCAAUGGCACCAAAAUGACCCCAUCUGCACCCACCACUCAUAGUGGUAUGGUUUGGCUUUGCAUCGCAAAGACGAUGUGGAAAUUUUCCAACAUGAACACUUGGAGGGUGUAAGUGAAUGAAGAGGCAGCUAAAAGAGUAUGUGAUGUGAGCAAUAGGAACACAAAAGAGAUGGUCUCGCUUAUUAUACGUGUUGCACUCACUGUGGACUCCAUUUAAGGCACAGAAUUCCUUCUGUUCCUCCAUCUGGACUUCUUCACUCAGUGCUAAAAGUUUAAAUAGCAACAGGGAGGAGAUGAACUACAUGGAAAAGAAGAAAGAAUAGAUGGAUGACUAUCUCUUCUGCUUGGUACAAACAGUUACAUGUGUAUGAGGAGCUGCAGAGUUUGGCUUUACUCCAGUGAAACACAGAUAUUCUGUUGUUUCAAACUACUGCUGUCACACACUGUAGCAGAUAAGACAAUAAUUUACAUAGCUCAUAUAAAGACGUUUUGUCUGUAUGUAUGUGUGAGUGAAAGACCGAGAGAGAAAGAGAGAGAGAGUGUGUGUGUGUGUAUGUAUGUGUGUGUGUGUUUACAUUCCUACAUUUUUUUUUAAUGUCAUCAAUAUUUCAUGUGCUUUUUGUCUUAUUUAUUUGUUAUGAUCACAGAAUAUCAAAACAUUUUGGACAUUUCUUCACCAAGCUCAUCAAAAUCUGUCAGUGCUCAUUCCGGGUGAAUCAUGUUCAUAAAAUCUCAUUAAAUAUGUAUCAGGCAGUCCCAUUGAAUCCCAUUAAAAAUGUAUUAGGCAUGCAUUAAUAAAUGUAUCAGAAAUGAAACAUUUACGGUACUAAUGCAGCAACUUCAAUAUGAGGGCUUUGUGAGUUGUUAAAAACAUUAGGAAGACAAAGAAACUUUGCUCUGUUGUUGCUUUGUUUGACUAAUAAAUUUGAUAUUGUGUGUCCAAAUGUGGCUAAAAACAGCAUAAUGAGAGGAUAAAUGGGAUGUGUUUUCUUUGAUAUAGUCAAAGCAAUAUUUCACUUUAUUCAGUUUUCAAUGUAAUACUUUAGUGUGAUGCUGCCUUCUGCAAUCUGGAUCCACUAUAUGCGAUACAAAAGAAAACCACUGACUGUCCCAAGAUGAACAGGAGUGGUAAAUUUUUCAAAAGAUAAUCUUGAUGUUAAUGUUGCAUGAUCUUGGGAUUUCAUUUAUGAGAUUAUACACUGGUCUUAAAAAAAGAAAAAAAAAACAAAGAUGUUAAAAUGGUUUAUGUAUGUGGUUGUAAAUGUGAUAACAAGUGAAAUAUUGCUUUACAACUACUACUGUAAUGGUAAAAAUGAGUCAAACAUGCAAAAUGCAGGAUACAGACAGAAUGCAGUGAAGGUUACUUGUGUCUGUAGAUGGCCAUAAUGAUACUCAGCAGACAGAGAAAUCUGUUGUCCUCUCUUUUUUUCAGGUAAAAACUUCCCAAGUGACCCCAAAGACAUGUAGACCACAGCCCUGCGACACAGAUUGUCAUGUUUUGUGUUUUGAAUUUGUAAUUCUUUGAGGGAAUUAAAUUCAGUUGUUUGUUUUUAUGGGAUAGUACAUUGGUUUUACUAUAUGUUAAAUAUUUUAUUGUACAUGGACCUGAGAGUGUUGUAGCCAACUCUCAGAGCUAUACAAUCAUUUCAGCCAACAGCAAUGCAACUGCAGCGUUUCAGAAAAUUGUUUCACUUUCCAACAUCAGCUCCAACAUCAUAUUUUUUAACUUUUCCAGCUUUUGUUCUUCCUUACCUUUUCAGAUCGGUAAUCUAUUUAUGAAUGAAAGUCUCAGAUAUCAAUCAAAUACAGAUAAUUCUACAAGCUCCUGCUUAUGAAUUGCACAUCAGAUAUCCUUCAAUGUUUGAUCGUGCUGAACCUCCCAACUAUCUAAUGUGGACCACUGUUGGGGUCAAAUGUACAGAUCCAAGUUGAAGUGUGGAGAUGUGCCAGUUCCUACAUUGGUCCAGCAGGGGGCAGUGUUUAGUCGGCAAAAAA